CCACCAUAAGUCAGAGUUGAGCACUUCUCUGGUAAAAUAAAUAAAUAAGUAAAUAAUAUUAAUACAUUUAAAAAAAAAAGAAGAAGUUAGAUUAUAGUUUGAAGAGGAAAUUCCCCUGAAAAGAAAUCCUCUUUGAGUUAAGUAGCUGUCGGACUGGGAGUGUAUUCUAGAUAGGUACCCUGAGGGUAAUCAUCUCUGAUGAAACUCUUCAAGGAAUGCCAUGCCCUUUUGGGUUUUUGUGAAAAAUUCAAGGGGACUAAAUUAAGAUCAGAAAGCUGAUAGAGAGGUGGCAGAGGAAACAAACAAACAAACAAAAAAAGGUGGUUCCAGAAUUAAAGCCAAGGGCAAGAGUCCAUAAUACUCCAUGAGGGUAUAUUAAUCCUUAGUAAAGCAUGGUUAGUGGCAGCAAAAGAGGAAAGUGAAAAAAAAAGGUGUUCUCUCCAGACAGAUGGAUACGGUAAAGGCCACUUAACCUUUAAGCCUGCUUUCAACAUACCCACACCAUGGCACCUUAUGUUACCAGGUCAAAAAGUUCAACAACUGCAGCUACUUCGGUCAUUUUGAUAAUCAGUGGAGAAUGCAAGAUUGACACACGGAAGUGCCUCAGUAACCUGGGAAGAUGUAACUGUGACCUUCACUCAGGAGGAGUGGGCUUUACUAAUUCCUUCACAGAAGAAACUCUACAGAGAUGUGAUGUGGGAAACCUUUAGGAACCUAGUCUCAACAAGGAAAUUACCAGAGGAUCACUACAUCAAAAAACAGUAUAGCCACUGGGAGAAUAAGCAAAGAAAUUUAGUUGAGAAAACCCCUGAAGGUACAGAAGGAUGUGAAUAUGAAGGAAACUGUCAUGAAUUCCAUCUUCAAAGACAAGAAAGGACUCACAAUGGAGAAAAACCCUAUGAAUGUAAACAGUGUAGGAAGACAUUCGGUUGUUGCAGCUACCUUCUCAUUCAUGAAAGAACUCACAGUGGAGAGAAACCGUAUGAAUGUAGACACUGUAGUAAAACAUUCCGUACGUCCAGUAAUCUCCGGACACAUGAAAGAACACACAGUGGAGAGAAACCCUACGAAUGUAGACAAUGUAGUAAAUCAUUCAGUACAUCUACUUAUCUCCGAAUACAUGAAAGAAUUCACAGCGGAGAGAGACCCUAUGUAUGCAAACAGUGUAAUAAGACAUUUAGUACAUCCAGUUAUCUUCGAACACAUGAAAGAACUCACAGCGGAAAGAGGCCCUAUGAAUGUAAACAGUGUAGGAAAACAUUCAGUCAAUCCAGUUCUCUUCAGACACAUAAACGAACUCACAAUGGAGAGAAACCCUACAAAUGUAAACAUUGCGGUAAAACAUUCGGUUAUCUCAGUUCUCUUCAGAUGCAUAUAACAACGCACAGUGGGGAGAAACCCUAUGAUUGUAAACAAUGCGGGAAAGCCUUCAGUUCUUCCAGUCAUCUUCAGAAGCAUGGGAAAACUCACAUUGGGCAGAAGCCCUAUGAAUGCAAACAAUGCGGCAAAACGUUCAGUACAUCCAGUCAUCUUCGGACACAUGAAAGAACACACAGCGGAGAGAAGCCCUAUGAAUGUAAACAGUGUGGGAAAGCAUUCAGUUCUUCCAGUUAUCUUCAGGUCCAUGAAAGGACUCACAGUGGAGAGAAACCAUUUGAAUGUAGACAAUGUAGUAAAUCAUUUAACACAUCCAGUUCUCUCAGAACACAUGAAAGGAUGCACAGUGGAGAGAGACCCUAUGAAUGUAAACAAUGUAGUAAAACUUUCAGCACAUCCGGUCACCUUCGAACACAUGAAAGAACUCACAGUGGAGUGAGGCCCUACGAAUGUAAGCAAUGUAAGAAAGCAUUCAGUCGGUCCAGUCAUCUACAGAUCCAUGAGAGAACUCACAGUGGAGAGAAACCUUAUGAAUGUAAACAAUGCAGUAAAACAUUCAGCUGUUUCAGUUCUCUUCAGAUGCAUGAAAGAACUCACAGUGGAGAGAAACCUUAUAAAUGUAAACUGUGCAGUAAAGAAUUCAGUCAAUCCAGUAAUCUUCGGAAACAUGAGAGAAAGCACAGUGGAGAGGAACCCUAUGACUAUAAACAAUACAGUAAAAUGCUCAGUACAUCCAGUCACCUUUGGACAUUGGAGCUAACACACAGUGAAGAGAAAGCCUAUCAGUGUAAACAAUGUAGUAAGAUGUUCAGUACGUCCAGUCAGCUUUGGACACAUGAAAAAACUCACAAUAAAGAUAAAUGAUGUGGA